AGCAUUAUAAAAAAGAAGAAUGUUUAUACGAAGAUUAUUUGGUGAAAUACCUUUCUCUUACAGGUUGGCGAAAGUACAGAAACAUAAGACUACCGAUGGAUAGAAUUUUCUAUGGUGUCUCAAAAAUGACAACACAAACAAUUGCAGAAAACAAGAGCAAUUUGAAGUUGAAGUAUAGGGCACACAACAAUUAUGUUUUGCAGGCAGCUCCCAAAGACAAAUUGUUGGUGUUUAAAUGCUCUGACGGAUGGUUACCGCUGUGCAACUUUUUGAACCUUCCAGUUCCUAACGUUCCGUUUCCCCACGGUAAUAAAGGCGGCGGUAGCUAUAUAGAUCGUGAAAGCCACCCUCAAGCAGUGAAAAUGAGACAUGAAGUUUACCACAGCAUAGCUGCCAUAUUCAGCAUUUCACUUGGAAUGUUUCUUUACUUGUUGUGGUAGUUAGUAUUGGGCCAUCCGAAUAUAUUAUAUUCUAAUGUGCAAUUUUUUGGGGGAUUUUAUUCAAGAUAUUGGUGUAUAAAAUUUUGAUUAUAUUUAUGCGUCAUAAAUAUUUAUCAUCAUAAUUAAUUUUGGUUAUGUUUGCUGUGCCAACUGGCUUCAUCUAUAAAUUUCCAUAAGCUCGGCUACAUGCAGACGAGCCCAUAGAAACUUAAAACCUGGGUUGGACAUCUCAAACCAGAAUCACAUGAAUACUUAAAAAUAAAUAUAUUAUUGGAUUUUACUACUCCAGAAUUAAAUGUUUCAAAUCAGACGGUAUUUAACAUUUUUUUUUGGAUUUGUUACUGUAUUUUUUGCUUUGCUUAUUAUGGCAAAAAAAUCAAGUCAAGCCAAGUUAAUUUUUUCUAACCAAUAUAUCCCAAUCGUUUGCAAAUUACGAGAAAGAGGAUAAACAAACAGAAUACCGUACAUUUGAACCACGUAAAUUAAACCAACGUGUAUUAUCCGCGGGUUCAAUCUGUAUGCGGGUGCUAAACCCAUGGGUUAGGGUUAGUAUGGGUUCAAAUAUCCGUAAAACAAAACAAAAAUUCCAUAGGUGCAAUUGUCGUGGGUUCAAAUGCACGUGGGUUCAAAUGUAAUGGAACCAAACAAACAGGUUUAUCGGGAACAGGAUGAAAAUUGUUAUCGAGGUUCUAAUAUAUAAUUGAACGGAAUAGAGAUUUUGGUUUGUACUAACUGCUAUUGUCGGUGAGUAUGCUAUUAGAGAACAAGAGAGCCAAAGUUCAGAUAUAUGGGACACGAAAAGCUAAAAGGAAACAUUUUCCCCAUAGUUUUCACGAAACCACAUUAUGAAGCAGACUGGAACUAUGGAACGUUACCGUAUCUAUGGGUAUUUUGGCAGGCUUGUCCAUUGGACAUAUUUUUCUGUCCCAUUUCCAUCCCAUCCCAUGGCAAUUGCUGCUAUUCCAGCAGUAUACAAUGUUCGAAUAUUAAUAUAAUACAAAUUAUACAGUCAAUAGAGUUCAUAGUCCAUGAUGUAUAUCCUGUCCCAUCCCAUGGAAUUCUCAUUGGAAUAAAAUUUAAUAAAAAUUGAUAAAGUUAGGUUUAGUGUCCACUACAUGUACGAAUAGACAUGCAAAACAACAAAA